AUUGAAAGACUUUCGGAUAGAUGCUCCUUGUCCAUGGUGGAAAUUAAAAACUCCAAUCAAUGAACAAAGAGUUUUAAUUAUAAAAACAGAUGUAGUUUUUCCACAGGCAAAUUCUUUCAACUGACAGGAAAUUCACUAAAUGUGCUAUAGCGCAUGUGCAAUAGAUAUCAAGUCGAGACUACACAGUUUCCGGUAUUGUUCCUGGAGCCUUUCGUUUUCAAUUUCAGAACCUUUUGUGUCGCUUCUAUUGCCUUUCUACGCAAAGGAUAAGUACUUUGGUUGGAUGCAAUGGCAGAUGACGAAGAUGGCGUGACUAAAAGCCCCCCUGCCUUGAAUGACAGGGAAACAAAUGAAGCAAUUGAACACCUUGGGCCGGGCACAAUCAUUGAAGGCAUUGGAGACGAUGUUAUGAUGGGGAUGUUUGUGUUCAUCGCAGUUGUUACUGUAAUUGUCGGCUAUGCAAUGUACUGGUACAGACAGAGAACAACAGUAAGACAGACAAUUCACCCAGAGAGUCAACAGAAUGUAGAAGAUGCCAGGCAGAGGAUGCAGAGACAAAGGCUACGAGAUCAGAACUGGCAGGGGAGGAGAAGUGCAAAUCCUAGGCAAGGAGAUAUCACCUGUCCUAUAUGCCUGAAUGAUGCCAGCUAUGCAAUAGAAACCAACUGUGGACACACAUUUUGUGGACAGUGCAUAAUCACUUAUUGGCGCCAUGGUUCAUGGCUUGGUGCUGUGAGAUGUCCAGUUUGUAGACAGCAGGUGACAAUAUUACUGUUCUCAUUCAGUGAGGCAGAGGUGCAUCAGGAGGUAAACGAAGACAUAAGGGAAAUCACUAGUGAAAUUAAUUCUUAUAAUAGAAGAUUCUCAGGAGAACCAAGACCUUUGAUGGACUAUAUCAGAGAUCUUCCAACUCUACUCCGCCAUGCAUUUUCAGAAUUCUUUUCACUUGGAGGACUAGUGUGGAUGUUUCGUCUCAGAAUAUUUCUUGUAUUUGUAGCUGCAAUUUUGUAUUUUAUUUCACCACUGGAUAUCAUACCAGAGUCUGUCUUUGGAUUUGUAGGCUUUUUAGAUGACUUAUUCAUAGUUUUGCUACUCAUGAUCUAUAUAACUGUCAUAUAUAGGAAUUUUGUUGAACACAGAGCUCAGCAAGCUCAGGCUCAGCAAGCAAGGUCACAAUGAUGCAGCACUGUAAAAGAUACAUACGCAGGCUUUAUUCUUCAAAAUUUUUAUUCUAUGAGCUCUUGUCUCUGGAUGCAUAUUAUUAUUAGUAAAUGUCACUAGAAACUUCCAAAACACUCGUGCUCUUUGAAAUCACAUACUCUUCAGGGUGCCAAAGUUGAAAGUGUAAAAUCUAAAGUUAGGUGUUAAUCUUUGUAGUCUUACUGAAUGUCAUUAACUUAUUUGGUUAAAAAAGUAGUUUAGAAAAAAUGCUACCAUUUUUAUUCAAACUGAGGUCUGCACAGUGAAAAAAUUAGUUAUUAAAUAAUGAUAUUGUGCAGCACUGUAUUUUGUCAUAUAUGCCCAUGUGCUUGAUUUUUCAUUGUUAAGUUUACAUUAGAAAGAUUUUUUAUUAUUUAUAAGUAAACAUUUUAUUUAUUUGUUAUAAGU